UGCAUGUAAGUACUUUACUUAAUAAUACAGAUUAUAAUUUAAUAUAAUUCCCAUUUAAAUGCGUAGAAGUACAUGUAUGAAGUUAAUGAUUGAAUUAAUUAUGUUUUUUUUGUUUAUGCUGUAUUUAUAAGAUAGCAUUGCCAUUGCACCGUAUUAUAUAUGCAACGUGAAACUUAACCAUAUUUACAAAUUUAAAAAAGAGCUCCUAUCUCUUUUUGUAUAAAUAGGGGUAAUUACACAGUAACCAUUGUUUUAGCCUUGUGAGUACUUAUGCGGUUUAUCUAGUUAAAAUAAAUCAAUGAAAUUGCAUCAGUUAUAUACGUUGAUUUCCGGAUUUACGAGCCCGCUGUCGGUUUCUCGAGUUAGUUGGCCUACUUCUUUGUUGUUCCUGACGCGGGACUGUUUGAGGCGGUAGGUAAGGCCUUGUCCAACGAUAUUACACUGUUGAAAUUUUGAUAUUGGGAUUAAUUCAGGCAAAAAAUAUCAUCGUAAAACACACAUGCGGAUCUUCCUAAAAAUGAGCAUUACCAACUAGAAAUAACUGUAAGUAGGCCUAGUUCAUAUUGGUCUAUAUUUAGAAAUAUGUCAUAGCUCAUACUUUUAUUUAAAAAAUUACAGACUCAGUAAAAUGGAAAAGAACGAACUCGAGGAAGCAACACAGACAACAAAACCUUUCAAGGUUUUUUCCAGAGACAGGGAGGCUAGGAAGGGCGUUGUUGCCUCUUCAUUUGAAGAUUUGAAAGAUGGUUGCAAAGAGAAGUUUGUACUGGAUUCAACUGCUAGGAUUACUUUUGUGCUGGAAGAAGAUGGCACAGAAAUUGACACAUCCUAUUUCAAAACGCUUCCGGCAAACACAAAACUCAUCCUACUUGUAGAUGAUGAUGUUUGGCAACCAGUUGCAGGUAGCUCUACAUCUUGCAGUGGUUCAAGCUCUGCAGACAGCACUCUUUCUGAUGCCACACCAAGGAUGAUGGCAUUAAUAGAAAAGAUGAAGCAAAGACAGGUUACUAAACCAUUACUGGGACAAAAGAAGAACCAAGGACCCAUUACGGUUGUGGCUGGGUGGCAACAUUACAGUUAUUCCAGAAGUUCAUACACUAUCAUGAAAAGUAGCAAGAACCACUUACAGAUAGGGCCGAGGCCAUUGAAAUUAGUACGAACAUUGGCGUAUGAAGAUGUCAUGGAAAAUCUUAAAAACACAUUUUUCCCCAGUGGAAAAAAUUUCACAGGGAAGAUAGCAAAAAUGGAGCAGAAGCUGGGAAAUGCUAAAGGUGAAACAAUUGCCGUUAGUGGCUUUACACUGGGGUCGUUUGUGGACUCACUACACUCCCAGAAGGCCCGGAUUUAUUUAUUGACCAAACCCAAGCUUCUCACAUAUGAGAUUGAAACGUCUAGUUCAGAUUCAGACUUUUCUUUGCCCGAUUUGGGGUUUGGGUACAUUGCCUCUUCCACUUGUACUACGACAGCGGCUGUUGGUGCCCCUAUAGCAACUGGAUCUCCUGCAGCUAUACAGAGCUCAAUGACAUUUGGCACCCCAUCACAAGCAUUGGGGGGAUCACCAUCAUCUGUGCAUGUACCGGUACCUUUAGCUGCAUCAUUCACGAAUACAAGUACUCCAACAACAUUGGGCACCCCAUCACAAGCAUCGGGGGGAUCACCAUCAUCUGUGCAUGUACCGGUACCUUUAGCUGCGUCAUUCACGGAUGCAGGUACUCCAACAGUAAGCUUACGGAUUCCAGACGGAGGUCCUAAAUGCUGCAUCUGUUAUGAAAGGCCCAAGUCAGCCUUUUUUAUGCCAUGUGGGCACACUGCCUGCAUGGUUUGUGGAGUGCAAUUGCAGUCAUCUGGGAGACCAUGCCAUCAGUGUAGAGCUAGGAUCAU